AUGAGAGACUUGAUAGACAGGCCUUUACAAGAAGAGAAAAUGACGGUUCCAGACCAGGUUAAGUAUCUCUACAGUAUCAGGUCUGUGCGAGAAACAAAUGCGGACACUGCUGCUCGUAUCAGGGAAAACAAGUUGAGUAACUUCAACGUCAACUUGGAGAAGAUGGACGGCGUGGUGGACUUUGUAUGCGGAGUCAUUCGAGAGACGUAUCCCAGCAACGAAUCCCUUGGCGAGAUUCCAGUGCAUGGCCGGUUCCAGCAUUUCAACAGUGGAGAUCCGUGUCGAUUACAGAAUGUGUUGGAUGGCAUGAAAGAGUCGUGCGAUGACUACGAGCUCUGCAAGAGACUCGUUGAUUUGUUUGUGAUUAGCGUGUUGCUCGAUGCCGGUGCCGGCAACCAGUGGAAGUUCACUGAGCCCAAUGGACGUUUGACAGGGAGGUCUGAAGGUAUUGCCAUUGCCAGUUUGUACAUGUACACCUCUGGGGUGUUCUCUGAGAAGGCCGGCGGGCCAUUAGUGAAUGGGUCCAAAUUGGCGACCUUAACGGAGGAGGAGUUACUGUUGGGACUGCAAGUGACGCCGGAGAACCCCAUGACGGGGGUGCAAGGCCGGCUACACCUCCUCAACAAGCUCGGAGAGACGCUACAAGCCAAGAGGGGGCUGUUCCCCGACGAGCGGCCUGGGGAUCUGGUUGACCAUUUCAAGGCCAGUGCCGAAGACGGUGUGCUUGACCUUGAGGUUAUAUGGGAUGCGCUAAUGGAGCUGUUGCUACCGGUGUGGCCCACCCAAGGGCGGGUCCAACUAGACGGGUAUGUUCUAGGAGACGCCUGGCCGCUACGGAGCAAGGAUGGAGGUAUAGUUACUUUCCACAAGUUGACGCAAUGGCUAGCAUACUCUCUUUUGAAGCCGUUACAAGAUUAUGGCGGCUUCAGGGUCAAGAAUGUCCAAUUAUUGACUGGGUUGCCCGAGUAUCGGAAUGGGGGGUUGUUUGUGGAUCUUGGGGUGCUGGAAUUGAAGCCCGAGGUUUAUGCUGCCGGCAUGGCGACAGCGUUAAAGAAUGGGCUAAGUGUUGCUGCGUACCGGCCGGAAGAGGAUGUGAUUGUCGAGUGGAGGUCGUGUACCAUUUGUUUAUUGGACAUGCUGCUACCUGCUGUGAACAGCCAGAUGGGUAUUACCGGCACCAAGUACGAGUUGACAUUACCGCAGCUCAUUGAGGCUGGCAGCUGGAAGUCCGGAAGAGCUGCAGCGUCUGCCCGGAGGGCCCAUGGAGGUCCGCCAAUUGAGUUGUUGGCGGAUGGAACUGUCUUUUGA